AUGGCUAUUGUCGUCCCGACGGACAUGAGCGCAGCGGCGACCAUUAUCCAGUUCUGGAACACGUCUGUCCACCCGGCUGUGUGGAUCACUAUCUUCUCCGUCUGUAUCGUCGUCCUUAACUUCCUAGGUGUCAGGCUUUAUGGAGAGUCCGAAGUUAUUUUUGCCUCCCUAAAAAUCAUGCUCAUCAUUGCCCUCAUUAUCGGUGGGCUCGUCAUCGACCUCGGCGGCGGCCCUGACGGGAAACGCAUCGGCUUCGCCUACUGGGAGAACCCGGGCGCCUUCAACGAGUACAUCAUGACGGGAUCCGCCGGACGCUUCCUGGCCUUCUGGAAGGUCCUACUCACCGCCGCCUUCAGCUUUGGAAACGUCCAGAUCGUCGCCAUCUCCGGCUCUGAGACACGCCAACCCCGUAAGAUCAUCCCGGCCGCGACUCGAAAGACCUUUCUGCGCGUCUUCCUCUUCUACUUCCUUAGCAUCCUGAUUGUUGGCAUGAUCGUUAAAUACAAUGAUCCCUCGCUCUCCGUAUCGACAGGCAACGCAGCCCAGUCACCAUUUAUCAUUGCCUUUGAGCGCGCCGGCGUGUCCGUCCUCCCCUCCAUCAUCAACGGCGUCGUCUAUACCUCGGCCAUCAGUGCUGGGUCCGCCUGCAUCUUCUUCGCCUCGCGCACCCUCUACGGACUCAGCCGCGACGGUCACGCCCCAGCCUUCCUCCAGAGAUGCAACCGAUACGGCACACCUCACUAUGCAGUUGGAAUGACCUGCCUCCUCCUCCCGCUUGUUUACCUCAACGUCGGCACCGACUCAUCCGUCGUCUUUGGGUGGUUCGUCAACAUCACGACCGUUUCGGGUCUGAUUGGCUGGGUUGUCAUUCAAGUCACCUACCUCCGCUUCUACGCCGGACUGAAGGCCCAGGGUUACUCCCGAGAUCAACUUCCUUACCGCAGCCCUGGUCAGCCCUAUGUCGCAUGGGCCACGCUCAUUGCCAACGUCCUCGUCCUCCUUACAUCGGGAUUCGACGUCUUCGUCGACGGUAACUUUACGGCCGCAGGCUUCUUGACUUGCUAUCUUAAUCUGGCCAUCUUUGCUGUGCUCUAUGUGUUCUUCAAGUUCUGCUACAAGUCAAAGAUUAUCCCACUUGACGCGAUGGAUCUGAAGACUGAGUUUGAGGUUAUUAGGAGGGAGAAGGAGGAAGAGGCCGCGUUAGGCAUUCCGGCGGACGGGAAGCUAAAGACUGUCGUGGGUAAGAUCCGCAACUGGAUCUAG